AUGGUCACGGAAGAUUUCUGCUUUCCCACCACCGCCAACAACUUGGCGCAUCUCAACAUGACCAUGACUAGUCCAUCUCUGUGGAGAAUCCCCUCCCAGUCGGAGAAGGUCGCCGGAGAGAGACAUAAAUGGCGCCGGAAAAGCCAUUCGGAUCUGGAAGAGAAGAGCCGGAGACAAGAGGAGAACGAGGCGGCAGGGGGCGGCGCGGAGGAGAAGAUGGACAUGCUGUGGGAGGAUUUCAACGAGGAAUUGCACGAAAAUCACGGAACGCCUCCGGAUUUUACUCGGUCGCCGGAAGGUAUUUCGAGGUCGAAGCGUGCCGACGAACAAGGGGCGGUGGAAAUGUGCAAGGCCAGUGGCGGCGGCGGCGGCGGUCCGUUUUCUCUGUUACUAGUAAUGAAGAUGUUGAAGAAAUUACUGAUGCUUCAAAAUUCUGCAGCACUCAAGAGGCAUGCAUCCUUGCCUUAA